AGCCGCCAGUUAGUGUGCCAGCAAUCCCCGAGAACUCGAACCGAACACCAACAUGAUGAAAUUGAUGCUAGUCGUUGGCUCGAUGGCCCUGCUUCUGGCCCUGGCCAGUGCCCGGCCCCAGGGCGACGUGGAGGUGGUGGAGUACGAGUCGGAGAACAUCGGCCUCGGCGGCUACAAGUUCAGCUACAAGCUCAGCGACGGCACCAGCCGCACGGAGGAGGGUGUGGUCAACAAUGCGGGCACCGAGAACGAAUCCAUCUCCAUCCGCGGCUCCGUCAGUUGGAUUGCUCCCGACGGUCAGACGUACACCAUCAACUUUGUGGCCGACGAGAAUGGCUUCCAGCCGGAGGGCGCCCAUCUGCCCAAGUAGAAGUAAAAACACCCAUCCCCGGCCAUAGAGUGAGGUGCUGAGGUCCUGGCCCCUGCCAGCUGUCUCUCGUCCCGUGGCAGCCGGGCAAGUCGGUCAGUUGGCCUUUAAGGUUAGUUAGUGAUCAGUCAGUCAGUCAGUCAGUCAGUCAAGUCAGUGUCGUGCAUUGUUUCUCUAUUCCUUGUUACUCGCAUUAAAGCCGAUCUUUUGAUUCUCGAAAUAAAGUCGUUUUUCUUGUGGAA